AACUUCCAAGUACUCCUAAAAAUUCGAUAGUGUGAGUGACAAGCAGCAGAGUGGGGAAGUUGCUGGAAGAUUUCUUUUUAUACAGUCUCUAAACAAACUCGCAAAUUAAUUGUCCGAAACGUGUAACGGAGCUGUACUUGUUCGCCGAACGGUGAGGUCGCGCAAGAUCCGAUGAUCUUCGCGUGACACGCUUGUUUCUCGCUAAUAUUGUCGACCAAGGUUAAUAUAUCCUAUACGUAUCUCCUUCGUUUCCUGCACAGGAAACGGAGUUUCCCCCUGAAUCACUCUUAUAAAAUCUCCCGUGCGUACCAUGUUACGCCGUAAUUAACAUACGUGUCUGUAAAAAAAUCGUCAGUAAGGCGGAGCACCGUUUCUACGAUCUUGAGUCCGAGGCUGCAGGAGUGACAGGUCGCUGAUGUUUUGACAGCCACUACCUACACAAGUGCAGCAGGAAAGCUCGGUGCAACGCGUGCAAGUCCGUCGGUCACUGAAAAUGAGUUCGCAUCACCACUUGAAUCCAUCAUCUGGUGAGAUCGAUCACAUUCACUUCAUCUCCGAGGAUGUCGGGGCUCUGUACCUCUCCGAGGAGUACGCCGAUGUAACGAUCGUAGUGGCAGGUCAGAAAUUCCACAGUCACAAGCUCAUUCUCGCCGCGCGCAGCGAGUACUUCCGGGCGUUGCUGUUCGGUGGGCUGAAAGAGUCCUCGCAGCAGGAGAUUGAGCUGAAAGCUGCCUCGUUACCCGCAUUUAAAGGCUUGCUCAAGUACAUAUAUACCGGGCGCAUGUCUCUCGCUACUGAACGCGACGAGGUAAUACUAGAAAUCCUUGCGCUAGCGCAUCUCUAUGGAUUUGUGGACCUUGAAGCUGCUAUAUCCGACUAUCUCAGAGAGAUAUUGAGUAUAAAAAACGUAUGUUCCAUCAUAGACAGUGCGCUUUUGUAUCAACUGGAAUUUCUAACUAAGGUCUGCCUUGAGUAUAUGGAUAAGCACGCGUUAGAAGUCAUGCAACACGAGAGUUUUCUACGAUUGAGCGCGGCGGCGUUGAGUGAACUGAUCUCCAGGGAUUCCUUCUUCGCGACGGAGAUUGAGAUCUUCUUGGCCGUGCAAAAUUGGGUCAAAGCCAAUCCAGAUGCUGAUGCAGAAAAAGUUCUAAGUCACAUUAGGCUGGUUCUGAUGUCGUCGAGGGACAUCUUGUUCAUUGUAAGGAAAACCGAGUUGCUGUCGGAAUCGGCGCUGUUGGACGCGUUAACUGCACGGUACGAGAUACGCAGUUCGGAUCUGCCGUAUCGCGGCCGGCUGCUCGUCGACGAGAACGUUGCACACCCAAAAUUCGAUACCGAGGUGUUGCAAGGAGAGAUGCGCAGCUACCUCCUGAAUGGAGAUACGUACAACUAUGACAUGGAACGUGGUUACACGAGGCACACCAUAAGCGAUUCGCAGGAACACGGAAUUUUAAUUAAACUAGGGGAGCAGUGUAUUAUAAAUCACGUGAAAAUGUUAUUAUGGGAUCGAGAUAUGCGAUCGUACUCGUAUUAUAUAGAGGCAUCUAUUGAUCAAGAAGAUUGGAUCAGACUUGUAGAUCACACAGAAUAUUUUUGUCGCAGUUGGCAGUAUUUAUAUUUCGAGCCAAGGGUAGUUCUUUAUAUCCGUAUCGUAGGAACAAAUAAUACAGUAAAUAAGGUUUUUCAUGUUGUCAGUUUUGAGGCAUACUAUACAAAUCAUACGGAGAAACUCUCCAACGGCUUUGUCGUACCAACGCAAAAUGUCGCUCUUACAGAUAAAAGUGCAUGCGUUACCGAGGGCGUGAGCAGGUCACGUAAUAAUUUGUUGAACGGAGACACAAUCAAUUACGAUUGGGACAGCGGUUAUACGUGCCACCAGCUCGGCUCUGGAUCUAUUCUCGUGCAAUUGGGUCAACCGUACAUGAUAGACUCUAUGCGAUUACUGCUCUGGGAUUGCGAUAAUCGCUCCUACUCGUACUACGUGGAAGUGUCAGGCAAUUCCUGGAACUGGGUGUUAGUCGCCGACAAGACUACAGACACGUGCCGGUCAUGGCAGACGAUACGCUUUCACCCACCCCGUCCAGUGGUUUUUAUACGUAUAGUGGGUACACACAAUACUGCGAACGAGGUAUUUCACUGUGUUCACUUCGAAUGCCCGGCGCAGUCCGAGGACAAAUCCCCGAUAUCACCGGCGCAACGAGAGAAGCCAUCGACUUCAUCGGACGUUGGGGCCUCCGAUAAUUCCUUACCCCCGCCGCCCCCCGAGGUAGCCACGGAAGCAGUUCAUAUCGAUAACGAAUAAUUAACACGCAGUUGAAGUAACGUAUGAGUGUAUAAUAACGAAACGCACGAGUGACAGCUAGUAAGUCGAUGAUUCCGAUGGUAGUUUCCGCUCUUGUUAGCUGAGCUAAUUCGAACGAUUCUUCAAGUGACCUCAUUGCAACUUUAAGACUGUCCAAUAAUAAUCAUUAAAUAUAAAAUCGUGAUUCGUCACCUAUUGUUUCCUUGUUUACGAAUUUUUAUUUUUUAUCAUCAUGUCUUUUGAUGAUUUUAGAUGAUGUAAGUAAUAUAUCGCGCGACGGCUACUAAUUUCGUAAUCACGAUAAAGAGGAGAAAUUAUCUUCUGCACGCACACACACAUAUCACAAUAUGUGUACUAGUAAUAAUAUUUAAAUUAACUUAUAACUUUAUUAUAUCUUUAUUCCAAGUAACGUUUUCGAGAGAGAGAGAGAGAAGAGAUUUUACUUUUACUUUUGCGCUAAAGCAUCGCGGCGACGAAGCUAAAACGUGAUUAAAAAUUGGCAGCCGUUCCAGAUUGUUUUGUAUGAAAGCUAUUUUUCAAUUUCUAUGUUACCAAAUAUUUUGUAAGCACGCGAUUAUGUAUAUCAUAUUGUGUUAAUAUAAUAUGGUGUCUGGUU